AUGGAUUAUUCAGAUGUUGUUGUUGCAGAGCAGCCUCUUUUUAAUGAAUCACUAAAUGUGCCUGACAUAACUACAGUGACUAUUUCAUAUCUAUUAUGUAUUUUUGGUGGCUCUUUGUCAGUUCUCAUAAUGUGUGGAAAUCUUCUUGUAAUAACCUCUAUUGCUUACUUCAAACAGCUCCACACUCCUACAAACCUCCUGAUGCUCUCUCUGGCUGUGGCUGACCUGCUAGUUGGACUUUUUAUUUUGCCUUUCAGUAUCGUGCUCUUUGUCAACUCAUAUCAGCAUCUGAAUGGUUUACUUUGCAAAAUACGAGGCAGUUUAGAUGUGUUACUGUGUGAUGCUUCCAUUUGGAACCUGUGCUUCAUUUCUGUUGACAGAUAUUACGCAGUGUGUCAGCCUUUGAGAUACAGAACUAAAAUAACUGUCCGUGUCAUUUGGAUCAUGAUCAUGGUGUCCUGGACUAUUGCCAUUCUAAAUGGACUUAUUUUCACAUUAAAGGCCCCAGACAAAGGACAGAAAAGCAGCACGUGUGGUUCAAUUCAAGUUAAAACACAGAGUACAAUAGUUGUUGGAGUUGCUGUUGGGUUUGGCAUCCCAGCUGUCGUGAUGGUUGCAAUCUAUCUAAAGAUUUUGACAGUGGCACACAAACAGGCACGCAGCAUCCUGAGCAUGGCAAAAUCUGGUGAAACUGUCAGUAAAGUAGAGAGAAAGGCGACUAAAACUCUGGCUAUUGUGGUGGGGGUUUUUCUCACAAGUUGGACGCCUUACUUUCUGUGCAUCAGCUUUCAUCCUCUGAGCAAUUAUACAAUACCAUUUCAUGUACUUCAGUCCUUUAAGUGGCUUGGAUACACAAAUUCAUUGUUAAAUCCGUUUGUUUAUGCUUUCUUUUACAGCUGGUUUCGAUCAGCUAUUAAGAUGAUUAUUAAAGGGAAAAUAUUUACAGAUGAUUGUUCUAAUUCUAAACUCUCUUGA